AUGACAAGCAUGUUUUAUAAUGAAAACAUCUUCCGCUCUUUUUCAAAGGAAAGUAAGGAAACGCGCGCCCGCGAUACCGCAACCCGCGUCGCCCCGCCCCCGCGUCGCCCGUCCCCGCGUCGCCCCGCCCCCGCGUCGCCCCGCCCCCUGAGGCUGCCCGGAGAGUGCGCCUGCUCCGUCCUCGUCUUCCGCCCAUCAUGGCGGCACCCAGGGGCUUUGGCCGCACGUGAGAAAGGCUGGGCACCUGGGCAUCCGAGACUCCGGCUUGUGAACCACGUUGUCUUCCCUGCCUUCUGUUGCAUCCUCUCAGUCCUCCUCGAGGCCCUUGCGGGCCUCUACCUCUCCGCACCCAUGAAGCCCAAGCCCGUUUCCCACAAGACCGAGAACACCUACCGGUUUCUUACAUUUGCUGAACGACUAGGGAAUGUGAAUAUCGACAUUAUUCAUCGUAUUGAUAGAACUGCAAGCUAUGAUGAGGAGGUUGAAACCUACUUCUUUGAGGGUCUGCUGAAGUGGAGAGAAUUGAACCUUACGGAGCACUUUGGGAAAUUUUACAAAGAAGUUAUUGACAAAUGCCAAUCGUUCAAUCAGUUGGUUUAUCAUCAAAAUGAGAUAGUUCAGAGUUUGAAGACUCACUUGCAAAUUAGGAACAGUUUUGCUUACCAACCCCUUUUGGAUUUGGUUGUACAGUUGGCACGAGAUCUGCAGAUGGAUUUCUAUCCACACUUUCAAGAUUUUUUCCUGACUAUCACCUCCAUCUUGGAGACUCAGGACACCGAGUUGUUAGAAUGGGCUUUCACCUCGCUGUCUUAUCUUUACAAGUACCUAUGGAGACUGAUGGUGAAGGACAUGUCCAAUAUAUACAGCCUGUACAGUACACUCUUGGCUCAUAAAAAACUACAUAUAAGAAAUUUUGCUGCUGAAAGCUUUACUUUUUUGAUGAGAAAG